GUUUGAAGUAAUACAUUGCUGGGGGUGGAGGGGCAACAUGUUUCCUGAAAGAUCAACAGUCUUUCAGCUGGUUAACUGGGAGACAAAAGCAUCUUUCCUUUAAACUUGAGAGGGGGUGGGUGCCUGGGAGUACUGUAUGUAUGUGUCUACACUAUGUAUUUGUUGUAUAAGCUUCUUACAGUAAUACACCUGCUGCUGAGCCAGCAAUACCUUCUCUCCUGGACAAGACCAGCUGACCUCAGUCCAGCCAGACUUUGAGUAUAGACAGGAAGGAUGCUGAGUGGAGACUUGGUGGCUUCAUGGGAGGUGGCGCUCAGUGAUGGCGUCUACAGGAUUGAGUUUGAUCAUGGCACCACCACCGGGAGACGCAUCGUUUAUGUCAAUGGACAGGAAGUGGUCAGAAGAGAUUGGAUGUUCAAGCUUGUUGGGAAAGAAACCUUUAGCAUUGGAGGCUCCCACACCAAAGCCACCAUAAAUAUCCAGGCUAUCAGCGGCUUGGCCUACGAGUACACGCUACAGGUGGAUGGAAAGAGCCUGCAGACGUUUAUGGACAACAAGGCCAAGAGCACCAAGACGUGGCUCCUCUGUGUGGAUGGCGAGAACUGGCGAGUUGUGCUCGAGAAGGACACCAUGGACGUGUGGUGCAAUGGGCAAAAAACCAGCACCACGGUGAGAAAGCACCUUCCAAGAAGCUCAGAUGUUCAGUGUAAGCCAAGGGUUUCCAAAGCAGGAUCGGGUCGCUGCUCUUUGUUUUAUUGGCCCUGUGGAUAUUCUAAAAAUGAAAUAAUUUUAUUAUUAAUGACAUAUAUUAUUAGGUAUUGCUUGUCCCUUAUAAAACAAAGCUUAGAUGUGGAUGUUUUCUUCAGAUAGCUUAGCACACAGUGCCCUCCAGAAGUAUUGGAAGAGUGAAGUCAAUUUAUUUAUUUUUGCUGUAGACUGCAAACAUUUGGGUUUGACAUCAAAAGAGAAAUUCGAGACCCGGGUAUCAAGUAGUUACAUCUGGAUUGGAUGUACAACUUAGAAGAUAGUGCCUCAUGUUUGAACCCACCCCAUUUUCAUGAGCAAAAGUAUUGGAGCAUGUGACUGACUGAGGUGUAUUUUGUUGCCCAAUGUGUCCGACUACAUUACUUAUUCAGUCAAUGAAUAGCACUGAAUGACUACACUCAGUUUCAGAUUGGUAGGAUAGGUUUUGCCUGUGUAGACUGCAUUUAGAGGUGAAAACAACAUGAAAAUCAGAGAGCUGUCUAUGGGUGAAAAACAAGCAAUUGUGAAUCUGAGAGAAGAUGGAAAAUCUAUCAGAACCAUUGCAACAAUGAGCCUCAUUCACCAAUAAUCUGCUUAGGUUUUCUAUUAAGAUGUUCUUAAUGGGUUCUUAAGAAAACUCUACAUCAGAUUCAUUGUUUUCUUAAACCACAGAAUUGUUCCCAGCUGUGUUCUUAAAUUGCUGAAUCCCAUCUCCUCGUAAACUAAAAGCGUGUGCAAGGUGAGCCAAACUAACAUGUAAUUAGCAUAGGUAACAGCCCAUCAGCUCGUAAAAGGGAAUGAGACUGCUGGGUCGUGAGCAGACGCAAAUUUCAAAAUGCCGAAAGCAAAAGGCAAAUUAAUUGGAGCGGAACAGGUGAAGAGAAAAAAAAACUUUGCCGUACAUAGGUGGAGGUACUGCUGCAGGAAAUCUGCCACUGGAAAAAGAUUCUGUUCGGUAACCUUAGCGCAGGUUACACCAACAAAAAGCAGGCACGCAACAGAGGAGGUGAAAAAGAAAUGGUUUGACUUGAAAUCCGACGCCAAAAAAACAUUGCAAAACUCAGGUGGGAGAUGCAAUGGACAUCCCAUGCCUGAUCUCGGAAGCGGUGUUGGACAAUCAGGAGAGGAUAGCUGACACGCUCGACAAGAUUGCCUCGUAACCAUAUCCAAUACGCUUAAAUAAAUUAAUGACAAUUUAAAAAAAUAAAAGAUGUGCACUGAAACCGGUCUGUCCUCAUUUUUGAAGUGAUACACUUAUUUUAAGAAAUCACAUUGUUAUACUCAAAUUGUAAUAAUGCAACUUUAUUCACAAAUGGGCAAAGAAUUGCCCCCAAACCUGAACAGCGAGCCUGCAGUCUGGUCCCAUCAUUGCGUAAGGACGCACAUCCUCAUGGUGUAGUGGCUGAGAGGGAAGUGGCACACCACGCUUUAUAGUGAAGUUGUACAGUAACUUGAUUAAUGUUGAGGUGUUGGUGUUUUUACCCAAAGAGGAAUUAAAUUAUGGAACGGAUUGAGUAAGGAACUCAAACAAAGUACAGAAAUGAGCAAGUUCAAAAAACAAUACAAGCAGUUGAUGUUUACUAAAUACAAGGCAGAAGAGUCUUGAUCAUCACAGUGAUUGUUCUGUCAUGUUCGUUUUUUAAGUUUUGUUUUUUUAUUUAUAUUUACUUUAUACAGUAUAUACAUAAUAUAUAUAUAUAUAUAUAUAUAUAUAUAUAUAUAUAUAUAUAUAUAUAUAUAUAUAAAACAUGACAUGGAAUGCAGGAAGUGAACAACAGAUAUUGUAAUAGAUGUGGAAUAGACAGGGGGUAGGAUUAAAUAAGCUUUGAUUCUUCCUACUCCUUUUGGACAUGUGGAACUGUCAAAGAAUGAUUCAUGAGAUGUAUUCCAUUGUAACCUUCAUGUUCAAAUAAACUAAACCAAACCAAACCCAUCAGAAGCUCUCUGGUUUUCAUGUUGUUUUCACCUCGAAAUGGAGUCGCCACAGGCAAAACAUGUUCUACCCAAUCUAAAACUGAGCGUAGACAGUGCUCUUUAUUGAUUAAAUAAGUAAUGCGGUAGGACACACCUGGGCUACAAAACAGAUGUUACUCACAAGUUCCAAUACUUAUGCUUAUGUAAAAAAAUUGUUGGGUUCAAAGAAAAGGUACUUUCUUCUAAGUUGUGCAUACGAUCCAGAUGUAAAUACCUGGGAAAAAAAAUGCAAAUGUUGCUCUCGGGUCUCGUAUUUGUCGUCUUUUGACGUCAAACCCAAAUGUUUUCCCUCAGAAAUAAAGAAAUUGACCACACUCGUACAAUACUUCUGGAGUGCACCUGCAUUGGAUUGCAUUGCAUGCACAU